AUGGUCCUCCCCUACAUUUCCCCGGACCAAGUCUCAAAACGAAACGGAGUGGAUAACCCCGAGAUUUGGCUGGUGAUUGAUGACAUCGUCUACGACUGCACAUCCUUUCUAUCAAGACAUCCCGGCGGCGAGGCUGUGUUGAGACGGUUCGCUGGGUUUGACUGUUCAUGGCAGUACCACGCUAUCCAUGGAGAACGGCGGAAAGUGUUCGCAAACAAAUCACUAGAGAAACUAAGAGUUGGGUGGACGGAGGGAGUCAGCAAUCCGUAUUCUAAACCAGAAUGGGUUGAAUAG